GUAUGGCGACGCCUAGCGAGGGACCCCAUUUAUUUCCUUGACGCUGGUUUUGUCAUUUCCGUUGGUCUCUCCAUGGAAUGCAAGCGUGGGCUUCAUGGGUUCGACUGGCCUUCAUGGGCUCUUCGCGGUCUACAAGCCACCCGGGUUGAACUGGAAACAUCUGCGAAACACUGUGGAGUUUCAGCUCCUGAAGGGUCUCAACUCACAGAUGCAAUAUACCCCUCAAGAGCACGUCCGAUUCCUGCUUGGGCCCGUGGAAGGAAGUGAAGGGAAGGAACUGACCCUCACAGCCACUAGUGUUCCAGUCCUUUCUGGGCACCCUUUAGUGAGAGGGCCAAAUUACAGGAGUGUGAAGGUGGGCGUCGGGCGGCUGGAUGUCAAGUCAUCUGGAGUGCAGGUGCUCGGUGUGGGACGUGGAAACAAGCUGCUCACAGACAUCUACAAUGCCCAUCUCACCAAGGACUACACAGUUCGUGGGCUCCUGGGCAAAGCCACGGAUGACUUCUCUGAUGAAGGCAGGCUGAUUGAAAAGACAACUUAUGAUCAUGUGACCCCAGAGAAGCUCAGCAGAAUCCUGGCAGUCAUCCAAGGCUCCCAUCAGAAGGCACUGGUAAUGUAUUCCAAUCUCGACUUGAAGACUCAAGAGGCUUAUGAAAUGGCUGUGAAAGGGUUAAUCCGGCCUAUGGACAAGAGUCCAAUGCUGAUUACAGGAAUCCGAUGUCUCCAAUUUGCACCUCCUGAAUUUCUCUUAGAGAUUCAGUGCCUGCAUGAGACCCAGCAGAUGCUCCGUCGAGUGGUGCAUGAGAUUGGACUGGAACUGAAAUCAGCCGCUGUCUGUACCCAGGUGCGCCGGACCCGAGAUGGGGUCUUUACCCUGGAGGAUGCCCUCCUGCGGACACAGUGGGACAUGCACAACAUUGAGAAAUCAAUCCAAAAAGUGGCACCCCGAGUAAAGGCAGAGCUAGAAAAGUGCCAAACGGGACCACUGUGCCAUAGAGACCCUGUGGGACAACCUUCUUCCUAAAAGAUCCAGGUCACAGGCAAACUCAAGUAAACUCUCCCCAUGGACUAAGCAGAAUGAGGCACAGAGCCUUAGGAAAGAACAGCAGGGGAGGGUGCUGAAAUGGUGUGGGAGCUGGCAAAUAACUGGAUUGCAGGAGACAGACAAGGGAGAUCCGUGGCCUGACUGAGGUUAGAGUUCAUAUACUGCCAGGAGGAAGACUUGGGAAACUUUAAAAAUGAUCCUUGUCUGUUCAGUAAGUAAAAGGCCCUGCCCCAUGACUUUUGUAUAAGGAAGUGAAUUGGUGUUUUUGGUCUAGUGAACCUAGCUGAGAAGAGAGAAGGCGCCUCUGAAGCAGCAUCCUGCGCUUGCCUCAUUGAAUCUGGUGGAGUCUGGCUGGUGUCAGAGGGAAAGUGGUGGUAGAGAGGUAGAGACUCCAGGAUAAAGUAGUGAGAAGACAGAGACAGCAAAGGAGGAGGAACCACUAUUCUUCAGUGUGUGUGCAGUUUUGAGAGGACACCUUCUAACCUGUCUUGAGAGGGAGGAGUCAGGAAGAACUGAGAUUUUUUUGAAGAACUCAGAGCACAUAAUAGCUGGAUUGCCCUGGCCUUUGGCACAGAGAGGGGAAACUGAGAUAUGGUUUUGUGGAAAUCAAAUAGAAACCAGGUCUUUAUCUUCACUUCUUCCUUGAUCCCUAAAUCUCUAGGCAGGGUAGUUGUGGGGGAAAGAUCACUGAACUUUGUGUCAGCAAACCUGAGUCUGAAUCCCGGUUUUGCCAUUUGCAAGCUAGAUGACCAUGGGCAAAAUCACCUUACCUUUCUGAGCCUUAGUUUCCUCAACUAAAAGAAUGAUUGUGAUAUGCAUUUCCUACCACACAGUUAUUGUGAGGAUCAAAUGAGAUUGUGUGUAAAGAAUUCUGUAAACUUUUCAAGUGCUGUACGAGGGUCAGGUGCUACUGUCCAGCAGUAACCCAAGACCACUUUCUAACAGCUCCCAGCUUAGGAUGGUGGAUAUCUGGGUGAAGGCUGAACAGCACAGGUGACUUUUUCUAAACCCUGUUUCAGAGGUCUGGGCAUUGCUUUUUGACUUGUCACUUUACUUGAACUCAGUAAGGGCUCAGCCUCAUAUGUUUCCCUGGGGAUGGGGCUAGUUUAGAGGUAAAAAGGAAGGUGAUCACAGAGCUUGUUGUAAUGUUGCCAAACAACCAAGAGAUUGGGGAUUAGAAAACCCUGCUAAGGAGGGGACUUUGAAAUUCUAAAUAGACAACUUUUCUCUGGCCUUCUCUCUUCAUCUUUCCUCUCCCCAACCCCACCCCUCCACACUACUGUCUAUAUAGGUGUCACAGGCAGGUUUAGACUGUCAGAGUCUGGGCUAGUAAGGAGUUUCUAGCACCCUAGCCUUAUAGGCAGGUAUGGGGUCUGCCUAGUAGUAGUCGGGUCACAAUGAAUGGUAAUAACCUUGCUGAUAAACUAUAAGCAUCAGUUCCACCCAUCAUUACUCAUACCACCCUUGCCCCCUCUAGAAUGUAUCCACCCCUUUUGUUAAGCAAACUAAGAUUUUAGUUCUCUGGAAAUAUGUUCUACUUCCAACAAAUACAAACUCCCAUAAAAUCUAAAUGGAUUAUCAAGUCUGAUACUGCCUUCUGGCCUUGAUUCUCCCUGCCCAACUUGGGCUCAGGGAUGGGUUAGGAGUGUUCAGUUCUUCUCACUUCUUCAUUUCUAUUCUGCCAGGAUAGCUAAUUUUUAGAAAGCUCCAUUUCAAGUAUAUCCUUCACCUUUCAUAUGAGUAUUUAAAAAUUCUUGCUAAAUAGAAUUGAGUUUCUGCUCCUUUGUGUACCACAGCCUAGAUUUCUUUGAGUACCUACCAUUCAUUCACCCCUGCACGUUUAAAGAAUGCUUUCUUUGUACACAGCACUUGACUGGAUUGAUGAUGUUCAGAUAAGACAUAUCCUGGAGCUUACAGUCUUAAUUUAUACAAUACAUACAUGAAAGUAUAGUAAGAGAAGGACCAAGUACUGUGAUUUCGUUGGAGGGAAAUUUUGAUUUCAGGGUACCUUUAUGCUUAGCACUGUGCUAGCUACUAUAAUUACAUAAGAAAUACAAGACGCAAUCCUAGCCUUUGACAUAUAGUUCUUUCCUGUCAUACAUCUCUGCUUGUUCAUUUACCUCACAACCUCAGGUCCUUUUUUCCUCUGACUAUGCUUUAAGACUUCCACUUUUGUUUUUCUUCACCCUCCACCCUAAUCUUGGCUCUUAAGGUAGCAUUUUUUCUGGCCCAAUUUUUAUGGGUGUUCUAUAAAUGCUUAUUAAUUUAAGGCCCCACAUAAAGAAAACAGGUACCCCCAGGGCCCGCAGUCUGCAUAGCAUUCACACAAAAUAGCAUGCCCUUGAUGGAUUAUACUGUUGUGUCCUCUCAAAAUUCUCUUUCCUGGCCCCUCAGCUAAACAGUAGUUGCUGCAUAUUUCACCCAAGGAAAGAAAUGAAGGGCAGCAAGGAGCUCUUCCUUGUCUCUAGUGACAGGUAGGUCACAGUGAAGUGGUUUCAGUAUUAGCAGGUAGGAUUGAUGUUAGUCAUCAUUAAGAAUUUCCUGUUUGUGUUGUGAGAUAGAUAAUGGUAUGCAUUGAAGGGAGGUGACAGGAUCAUCCAUGCAGGAGAUGGUUGACCAAAAGUACCAUCUUAAGGGGAAGCAGGGUAUUAGAUGGAUCUCUAGGUUCCUUUCUGCCAAAGGAUUUUGCAAUCUAGUAAUACAAGUUGGUGUAAAAGUUACCUUUCAUGGAGCACUUGGAAAAAAACCAGCGUAGUCAGAAAACCUGUGCUCUAGUCACUUGUUAGUCAUAUAGUCAUGGACAAAUUACCAAAUAUGAAUGAGCAUUGGUUUCAUCAUUUAUGAAAUGGAGAUAAUUAAUUCCUGUCCUGUGUACUUCAUAGUAUUAUUGUGAGGAUCAAAGGAUAUAAUGUAUGUGAAUAUAUAUGAUUACAUAUAUAACAGUGUAAGGUUGGUAUCAUUAACAUUUGAAAGAGUUGGGAUACUUUGAGGAGUCCCAGUGGCUAAAUUCAUCCUUUUGGGAAGUUAGAGACUUGUAAAAUGAGUGCCAAUGGAAGCAAAACAAUCUUGUUCCUUAUCCUAACAAACCAGCUGGACAGGUUUGCUUUUUUUGUAAGGUGGAUAAAGAAGCAAGGGAAACGGUCUAAGCAGUCUAAGUCACCUCUAACAGGGAGCAGUUUUCCUCCUGCACAGUUUAAGGAUUAGGGAAAGACUGAAGUGACUGUUUACCAAGAGAAAGUUAUCCAUCUAUAGUUGAUCCAAGUCAGCUAUGUUGGUUUUAGGGUUAGCAGAGGUUUGCUGUUUAAGAAUAAAGUUGUGUUUAGAUUUAAUUUAUGAUAGUUUGAGGGGAUUUAACAUGUAUGGAAAACACUGUAACCUUAAAGUCCUGUAUAAUUAUGAACUUUAAAUAAACAUGCCCUGUGCCCAAGAUCA